UGUGGUAAAAUGCUAUGGCAACGGGCAAGAAACACAAGAACAAAAUGGCGACAUUCGCAAGGCUAAUGGAGGGACGGCGCGAAGUGAUCGACCAAAUCUUUCAAAGGCAAAGUGAUGCAGAAAACCGAAGAAUACUGGAGUACGAUUCUGCUGUUAAGAUUCAAAGCUGGUUCAGGGCUACACGAGUACGAUCAUACAUUAGGUUCCUGAACUAUUGUGCGCGAACGAUUCAAAGGCAUUUCCGGGGAUUUAAAGGACGAGAAAUCUACCGUCAUAUAGUCAAGGAGCAUGUGAAGCAGAUGAGAAUUAAUUUCUAUAAUGCACAAGCAACUAAGAUACAAAAAGUUUGGAGAGGGUAUUACACAAGAAAGUACAUCCACAAUUAUUACAGCAGGAAGGCCUUCUUGACCGGCCUUGUUGUCAAGAAUGAGAUUGUUCGGCAACAGCUCCAUGAGCUAUCAGUGGCUGCUUCACAAGAGAGAGCAAGGAAGGCAAAGGAAGAGCAAAAAGCUGCUCAAGAAAUGGAGGCUCGGAAGACACAUUAUUUGAUAAGCACGCACCAGAUACCAGGAGUGUACAAUUCCCCAUACGACAAAAAACAUUUCUCAAAAGAGCAUGCGCUUCUAGCUGUUCGUGCUCCCAGCCCCAAGACUCGUGCAGCGAUUAGCGCUCGACUUAGAACAGGACGAACUGGGACCCUAGAUGUCAGAGGUAGCGCGAAAGCUGCCGAAAAGGACAUGAAGUAUGAAGUGCUUCCUCCCAUUACAACGAAGAUGCAGGGACCAUUCCGUGAACCUCAAGAAGUAUGGAAACAGCGUCACAAGAAACUCAACCCAACUUUACGUGUUGAUACAUCAUACACGUCCGCUGAGCAAGCAAGGGCUGAGAUGAAGGCUGAAGAGUGGGUCACACGAGUUAUUGAUGAUAAGUUUGUUCCCUUCACUCAUCGGACAAGGGAAUAUGAGCCACUCCUACACAGCACCUCAGCUUUUGGGAGCUUACCAUAUGGAACAAAGUACUUCAGAGAAAGUGAUCCUGGAAGACAUAUAACAUCCAAGAGAUUUGAAACUGUGACAUCGCCUAUCCCAAUAUUUGAACAGUAUGGGAAAACAUACUAACUACUGUAUGUGGAAAAGAAUUGUAUAGAGAAUGUAAAUAGACAUGCAGUGUAUUAUAGAUUGUAAGGUGAUGUCCAUGUUGGUAUAAUGCCUUCAGUUUCAAUAAAGCUGGUCUUCUAUCUA